GAGGACAUUACUGUUUCCAGACGCCAAACUUCAUAAAUAUCCUAUCUGAAGAAGGAAAAUGAUCAAUAUAGAAAGAAUAGAAUAUCCACGGGAAUGGACUUAUGUAAAGCCUCCAUAAGCAAGCAUCUCGGAGACAUUCCGGGGACUACUCGCGAAGUAAAAUAUGUAUCCGACGCGACAUAAAUAUAUGAUUCGGUUCAAGUAAAAUCGUGUAGUGCAGAAGUAACUAUUAAAUGUUUAUAAAUGCCAUUAAACGUCAAAUUAUCUUUCACGAUUUCGCAUGUCUUGAGUCUUCCAAUUCUCAACACAGGAUAACAACGACCUCCACCGCCAACAUGACUUCGGAGACAUUAGGCAAGGUAACCGGGCAAGUGCAUUUCCAGAAACAUGCUUCUGCAUACGAAAAGCAUGCGGGCGGCACAAGUACGCGCCUUGCAGCAGCUGCAUUGUCUUACUUACCGCUAUUAAGCUAUUCUUCAACAAGCCGCAUCUUAGACUCGGCGGCCGGGCCGGGCAUAGUGACUAAGCUCCUAUUAUCACCGUCUCCAGCAGAUGUCUCAGUUCCCGGGCUGCCGGUUUCUCCACCGCCGCGGGUUACCGGCAUAGAUUUCGCCCCCCCUAUGAUCGAACACUUCGUGGCAAACAAAGCCGCGCUGAACUGGACCACAGCCGACGCUUACGUCCAAGAUUCGGAGGACCUCUCCCGCUUCAAAGACGCCGAAUUCGACGCCGUCGUUAUGAAUUUAGGCAUAUUUACCCUCCGGAACCCGGUGGCCGGCGCUGCAGAGAUGCACCGUGUACUUAAGCGUGGCGGCUAUGCGGUGGUUACUACGUGGAAGACUCGACGGGCUGCCGAGGUGCUUCAAGGCGCGGUGGAUGCUAUCCGGCCGAACAGCGGGUUUAACCCAAUGUACAUGCCCCCCGAGUGGUUGACGAAAGAGAAGCUUUCUAGCGUCAUGGAGGCUGGGGGAUUCCUUGGUGAUCAAAUUCAAGUUUUCGAGGCCGAGCCGAACUGGGAGUGCGGUUCCGGAGAAGAAGCUGUGAAAGCGCUUAGCUCGCCUAUGUGGACGGCGAAACUCUGGGAGGGAUGGAGCCGGGAAGAAAUAGGGCGUUGGGAUGGUGAGAUACGAAAGCAAUUGAGCGAUACGGAGAAGGAGACGGGAAUACUGGGGAUGUCGGCUUGGAUUUGUGUAGCUCGAAAAGUCUAAUUAGAUGUGGAUGUCGUGCGAGGUGUCAUUUUGGAGUUUAUGAAAUUUAUUAUAAUCUGG